AUGGUCAAUCUCCGCUCCCAAAAGCGUCUCGCCGCGUCCGUCGCCGGCGUAGGCAAGCGCAAGAUCUGGCUCGACCCAUCCGAGCAAAACGAAAUCGGCAACGCCAACUCGAGAACAAAUGUCCGCAAGCUGAUCAAAGACGGGAGGAUCAUCAUCAAGCCCACGACUAUCCACUCGCGCGCUCGGACCAGGGCCUUGCUCGCUGCCAAACGCAAGGGACGACACACGGGCGCAGGAAAGCGAAAGGGUACUGCAGAGGCUCGUAUGCCCACAAAGGUCCUUUGGAUGCGGCGACAACGUGUUCUGCGACGACUGUUGCGCAAGUACAGAGAAGCUGGCAAGAUUGACAAGCACCUAUAUCACGAGCUCUACCAAAAGUCAAAGGGUAACGUCUUUAAGAACAAGCGUGUUUUGAUGGAGCACAUCCACAAGGCAAAGGCGGAGAAGAACCGUACGGCAUUGAUUGAGCAACAGAGAGACGCUCAGCGUAAGAGGAACAAGGCGGCCCGCGAGAGAAAGCUCGCACGUCAGCAGGAGAAGAGGGCGGCACUCAUGGAGGGCGCAGAGGCACCAGCACAGGAGUAG